GGCUGGUCAGGGAACGCCUCUUUGAGGCGUUAAUUUUACUCUGAGGUCUGAAUGAUGAGGAGACAGACAUGACAGGAGUGUUCAGGCAGGGGGUAUUGAAAUAGCUCCAAGGUGAAAAGAGAGUUUGGUGAGCUGGAGCACAGUGAGCAGGGAUGUGAGGUGAGAAAGUCCUGUUGCAUAGGCAUUAUUAGAAGUUUGGAUUCUGUUCUGUGUGUGAGGGAGAGCUAGUGAUAAAAGGGCAGGGGAGAUAACUUCAUUCUUUCGCUUAGCAGGUUGACCUCCUGCUAUGAGGCAGAUGUCAUUGUUUUAUGUAGAAACACGAAGCUGACAUUCCCCAUCCUUGGGGUGUUUUGUGAGGGAAGGAAGCAGGAAUAGUAAUGGGGAAGCCAGCUAAUAGAUCAUUUCAGUAAUUAGUGUGAGAGUUGAUGGCUUGGAUUAGGGUAGUAAGACUGGAUUUGGAGAGAAGAGAAAUGGGUUUGGAAUUCUUAAGUAAUAAAUAGGAUUUACUGAUGGUUUAGAGGGGGCACGAGGGAUAGAGAUAUCAAAGACAAUGUCUUAGUUUUGACUCCAGUAGUUACAAUGGAUGGAUGUUGGUGCCGGACAUGGGAAAGAGUGUGAGGAAGAUAAGUGGACUCAAGACUUCCCAUUUGUCCACCUGAAGUUUGAGAAACUUUUUAGAGGUUCAGGCCCAGAUUAUUCUUCAUCAGCAUGGUUACCUGGCAAUGAAUCUUUGUGGCAGGCCACAACUGUUGCAUCCAAUCAUCGAAAUAAUCAUAUCAGGAGACAUAGUAUAGCUUCUGACAGUGGAGACACUGGCAUUGGAACUUCUUGUUCUGACAGUGUGGAAGAUCAUUCAACAUCAAGUGGCACAUUAUCUUUUAAGCCUAGUCGAUCAUUGAUUACUCUUCCUACUGCCCAUGUUAUGCCGUCCAACUCCAGCGCUUCAGUUUCCAAACACAGGGAGUCAUUGACAUCAGAUGGGUCAAAAUGGAGUACAAGCCUCAUGCAAACAUUGGGAAACCACAGUAGGGGGGAGCAGGACUCACCAUUAGACAUGAAGGACUUUCGGCCCCUCCGGAAAUGGUCAUCUUUAUCCAAACUCAGUGCCCCAGAUAACUGCAGCCAGGGUGGCAUUGUGCACACAGAAGAGUCAAGGAGUGGUUUGGAAAAGAUAGAGAGAGGCAAGACUCUACCAUCACAACUGAGGACAAUUGGGUCUAGCUGCUUACAUGAUAGUAUGGAGAUGCUUAAACUUGAGGACAAGGAAAUAAGUAGAAAACGAUCAUCAAUACUGGAUUACAAAUACAAAUUUGAGAGCUAUAACAAAGAGGACUUUAGAACUUCUUCCUCCAGUCUUAGAAGACAGACUGUAGACAUGACAUACAGUGCCUUACCUGAAAGCAAACCCAUUAUGACAAACUCAGAGGCUUUAGAACCUCCAAAAUAUUUAAUGCUUGGUCAGCAGGCAGUCAGUGGAGUUCCCAUUCAGCCUUCUGUGAGGACACAGAUGUGGCUUACAGAGCAGUUGCGGACAAACCCUUUGGAAGGUAGAACUACAGAGGACUCAUUCAGUUUAACUCCUUGGCAGCAGCAGCAGCAGCAGCAGCAGCAAAUUGAAGAGUUUCGACAAGAAAGUGAAACACCAGUUCAGGUUUUGACUGGAUCGCCUCAUCAAAGUUAUUCACCUUCUAGCUAUCAGGAUUUCAGUAAGUGGGAAUCAAUGCUGAAAAUAAAAGAAGGACUGCUGAGGCAGAAAGAAAUUGUUAUUGAUCGGCAGAAGCAACAAAUUACCCACCUACAUGAGAGGAUAAGGGAUAAUGAAUUACGGGCAAAACAUGCGAUGUUAGGACAUUAUGUAAAUUGUGAGGAUGCUUAUGUGGCUAGCUUGCAGCCACAGUUUGAGAACACUUCACUGCAGGCUUCAUUUUCAGAUCAGUCAGUAUCCCAUUCCCAGCAAGAGGAACUUGAGCAAAAGCUUGUAUCUACUGAGAAAGAGGUGUUACAGCUCAAUCAGUUUCUCAAACAAAGAAUAAAUCAAUUUGGUGAAGAAAAGAAGAAGCUGGAGGAAAAGCUUAAAACCAGAGAUAGAUAUAUCAACAGCCUGAAAAAGAAAUGCCAGAAAGAAUCCGAACAAAACAAAGAAAAGCAGAGAAGAAUUGAGACCUUGGAAAAGUAUCUGGCUGAUCUUCCAACUCUGGAUGAUGUACAGAGUCAGAGUCUACAGCUGCAGGUUCUAGAAGGAAAAAAUAAGAAUUUGCAAGAAACGUUAACAGAUAUGGAAGAAAAACUUGAAGAGAUCAAAAAACAGUGUAAAGAGAAAGAGGCACAGCUAAUAUGUCAGAAAAAGAAAGAAAAGGAAUUGGUAACUACAGUUCAGAGUUUGCAGCAAAAAGUAGAAAGAUGCCUUGAAGAUGGAAUCCGCCUUCCCAUGUUAGAUGCAAAACAGCUUCAGAAUGAAAAUGAUAACCUGAGAGAACAAAAUGAAAAAGCUAGUAAGAUAAUAGACAGCCAACAAGAUGAGAUUGACAGAAUGAUUUUAGAAAUUCAGUCUAUGCAAGGGAAACUUUCUAAAGAAAAAUCAACCACUCAAAAGAUGAUGGAAGAUAUGGAAAAGAAAGAAAGAAAUCUACAGAGAUUAACAAAAACAUUGCUGGAUAACCAAAGACAGGCGGAAGAAACAUGCGCUUUAUUGGAUCAGGGCCAGGAAGCAGACCAGUCCAGGCAGCAGGCAUUUCUUUCCAAACGGCCUCUAUUUGAUUUGAGUGUGAUUGAUCAGCUGUUCAAGGAAAUGUCCUAUUGUUUGUUUGACUUGAAAGCAUUAUGCAGUAUUCUUAAUCAACGUGCUCAGGGCAAGGAGCCUAAUCUUUCAUUACUGCUGGGAAUCAGAUCAAUGAAUUGUGCAGCUGAAGAGACUGAAAAUGACCAUAGCCCAGAAACACUCACUAAAAAACUAUCAGAUGUAUGCCAGCUGCGAAGGGACAUUGAUGAAUUAAGAACUACAAUAUCAGACCGCUAUGCUCAGGACAUGGGGGACAACUGCAUUACCCAGUGAUCAAGUAAGCUUGUGUUGUACUUUGGGGUUUUCAAGGGCUUGCUGAACAAGAGUUCCAGCAGCAGGCAAGUGUUCUCAUAGUAGUAAAACAGGGAAAACCAUUUGUAUUUUGAAUAGUCACUGUGCUAAGAUGAGGUUGUGGGGUUGAUUUGAUUUUAGUACUGUAGAUAGGUCAGCUGUUUUUCCAGAGUGAUUGUGGUUGACUUAGAGGUGUGAAGUUUUGAUGUGAUGGUCUUUUAUUAGCAUUGUAAUUUAUAUACUACAAGGCAGUUUAACAUAAUUUGAACUAAUUUUGACAUGUCCCUUACUAUUUGCAAUUUUAGUUUAUAAUGUAGGCAAAGCCAUAUAUAAUUACUAUAAACCUUCUAAGGGUUGGGAUUAUUAUUGUAAAAGAAAGAUUAACAGAAUGACUCUGGAACAAUAGCUUAUUUAUCCAGAUCUCAAAUGUUUACAUUUUAAUAAUUUUGUAUCUAUUUUAAAUUUGAAAUUACUUUAAGAAAAGGCCAACCUACAUUCUUUAUAUCUGAAUUAACACUAGCAUAAAACAAAAUAUAAACCCGGGUGAUAUUUCAGUUCCUUUAUUAGGUAAAGUACAUUCAAAACAGGAUUUUUCAUAGAAUAUAAACUUGGCAAAUUUAGUUCUUCUGAAGUACCUGAUAGCACUGUGAAGUGCAACUGAUUUUUAAAUAGACACAAUCAUUUAAACUUCUAAAUGCAUAUUUCCCGUGUUUUAGUUGGUAUUUUGGAAGGACUAUGUGAUUAUUUCCUUCAGGGCAUUCAUUACAUUCUUUCAAAUAUACUUAGCUAUGGCAGUCAUUGUCCGUUACAAGCUGGUUUGAUCUCUUGAUGUAACCAGAUCUCACUUAAGUCCAGACUAAAUAAAAAGGUUGAAGGAAUAAGGGUAUGACUCAAGCAGGAUAAUACUACUUUGACCAAGAGCAGAUUGCAUGUCUGUUUUCCUGACAGGGAUGUGCCCAGAAAAUAUUUUUCUUGAAUAUCUUCAGCAGUGAAAACAUGUGAGAUUUGAUCCAUAAGGAAAAUGUCUAGGAAGACACAUUAGUUCAAAAUUUGACUCAUAUCCAGCUGUCAAUAAAUUAUCUUGUGUUUCAACAGUCUGUUGCAGUACAUUGUUAGGGGCAUCAGACUUCUCAGUGCCUGAGUCCUCCCUGCUUUUCUUACCUCUUAGGAUCUGAGCACUGUGAAAUCAGUGCACGAUAGUGCUUCUGCAUCCCAAGGUCCCUUGCCUAAUAAGGAAGGCCUUAGUCACUGGUAAGAACUUGACUUUCUAAUGUAUUAAUUUGCUUUUUGAUAUUGAUGGCUUGAAGACAAUCAGGGAAUAGUAAAUUUGUACCAAAAAUCUGAAGCGGGAAUUCUGCCUUGUAAAAUUUAAUAUCUAUAAAAAUGGCCCUUUAUAGUAAAGUAGAUAAUAGAAUUUAAAACAGAUAAAAACCACAAGUGCAACACAGAUUUUUACAUUCUCUUUUAUUAGAAUCCUCUCCCUCUACCCCCAAGCACCACAGUUUUGGAAGUAAAGGCACACUAAAAUGAUGGACAAACAAUCACUAAUUUAGGCCACUAAAAAUCUUAAAUUUCUCCUUGGGAAAAGUCCUCCUUUAGGGACUUUUAUGAUUGUUGUUUUAAAGAAACUUUAGGUCAUUUGUUUUAACAUAUUGUAGAUACAUUUUUGUUUUCUGGCUUUCUGGCUUUAUGGUUGGAAAUCAUUUUCUGUUUUUUUAAAUGUUAGUUUUACAAAAAUUACAGAAUUUGACUUAAUUCACGUAUCUUGAGAUAAAAAAUUUUUUACUUAGCAGGAAAUAAAUUGCUGAUGUAUUUCAGUUUCCAAAAUGUACGCUCUCCCCAAAAAGAGCAUUUAAGGUGUGGUUUCAAAGUAUAUUUUUGAAUUACAAAAUUAAUCUCUUGGAGUCUGAAGUUUGUGAAGGGACCUAGAUAAUAAUUAGAUAGCCCUAGCAGAGGUUUUGGUGAGGGAGAUGAAACUAGUAGUGUUUUAAUUUUUCAGUACUCAAUUUUAAUUUGGGGGGAAUGCCCCUCUUCUAGGACAACAACCUCUUGUGUCAUAACAGUAAUAAUCUUGGUAUCUCUCAUUGAAAACCAAGACUUUACCAUUAGAACAAAUAGAAACGCUAUUUAAACUAUGAUGUGUUGAGAAGUUACUACAGUGAUAUAUGUAUGAGAUGAAAACUAACCUAAAAUUAAAAGUAAAUAUAUUUGAAAAUUUCCUUAGAUAUGAAAACUUUUUAAUUAUGCUUUUGUCAAUUAAAUGCUUAUCAUCUUAGGAAGUAUCUCAUGCAGUAUUAACAUUUAUCAUUAGUAUUUUGGAUUUACAAUUAAGCUUAUUCUGCCUCAGUCAUACUAAAACAGGGAUAAAAUAACAAUUUUUUCAAUAAACAAUCCAAAUCAUCUAUGCAGAUAACUGACAACAAUAGUUCUUUUCAUCUGAUGUCAGAAUAAAAAGGAUGACUUUAGUUAGUUACAUGUUUCGUUAAAUUUAUUUUAAAAUAAAUGUGGCCUUCCUUUUAUUUGUAAUGUGCUCUGAUAUUUAGUGUGUUAACAGUAUUAUACUUUAGUGAAAUUUAUUUUAUUCAUGACAGUUAUUAAACUGAAAUAGAUUUCUUUCAGCAACCUGUUAAAGACAAUCACAAGGACUGGAAAGUGUUGUUAAAAUGGUUAUUUGUAAAGGUACUGCUUUAUUGGGAAAAUGCUCUUUCAAUAUCAGCAAUCAUUUAUUGAAAAACAUAGUAGCUGAGAACUUGGGCUGUAUUUUUACAUAGAAUAGUUCAGCUCAGGCAUACCUUUAAAUUUGGGUUAUUGGCAUUCUCUUAUAUAGGUUUCUAUCACUGUAAAUAUGUAAUUACAGUAAUAAGCAGUUCUCACAACCAUGCUCACUCAUACUGUAUCAUUUGAAACUGCCAGUAGCUGGAACUCUCAGAGCCAGAGUAAUUCAUUUUGGUUUUUUGAUAGCUUGGUAUUGACAAAAGAAACUAUUUCCUGUUUUGGUAUGAAGAAUAAAAUUUCCAACUUCACCCCAAAAUGCCAUGGUGGCAUAUUUGUUGUAUAAUAAUAUUAUACAUUUAAUCAUGAAGGGGGAAAGAUUUUAGAUUUUUGUAUUUUUUUUCUUAUUUAAACAAAGUAUCGAGUAUACUCAGAAUGUAGUUUCAAAUCAGUAAGUCAUUAACAACCCUUGCAGCUGCAUACAGAGAGAACCCUUUGUGCCUUUUUGCCUGCAGUAAGCAUUCAUUUCUAUUUUAGGUUAGCUAUAAGAAUAUUGAUGGCAUUGCACCUUGUUCUUCUGUGAAUAGACCUGUUUAAGGAGUUGUUUUUUUUUUUUUUUUUAAAGUAACGAGCAGUUUUUCAUUAUUAAGUGGAUACCUUCACAAACAUGAGAAGCUCGUGUCUUUGGAGCUCUGCUUUUUCCCUAUAGAAUGAACAGGAAACUCCUUUGGAAUGUAGUGUGUACAUAUAUGUAUAAAGUUAUUUAAAUGCAUAAACAUAAAAUUCUACAUCACGUUGUUGUGAUGACAAGUAAUAGUAAGGUGCUAGGUGGUUACAUUAAAAGCACAGCAGAGUGUUCAAUCAGUCACUAUGACUGGUGAUUUCUGUAAAAUAGGUUCAGUUUUUGAACCACCCAGAAUACCUCACAUGUAAAUACAGUGGUUAUGACUUAAUUGAAAAACAGUUAUGGUGAAAAGAAUGUGAAGCCACUGGUUGGCUUAUGCCUUCUGAACUAUAAUUUUUACCUCUUUUUUGGUAAAGAGGUUUUUUUGGUUUUGUUUUUAAUAGGGUUUACAGCUAGAAUUUUGAAUGCCAAAGUUCUAUUUAUUAAAUUAAAAAAAGUUUUCAAUGUUAAUGGCUAAGUAUUUUUCCACUGGACUAUUGUUUGUUGAUGUUGAAAUUUGUAUUU